AUGAGAAUUAGUCUUAAUCAGAAUAAUCCAGUUGUGAAUCGGAGUUUUGAAGAAAUAAAUGGUCAACACAUAGUUAAACCGAAAUUCCCGUUGAAAUAUUACGAUAGUGACGUCGAUUAUCUUGAUAUUCACUAUUUUGGUCAAAUAUAUAUAUUCAAAACAGCCGCCCUCGGAUACGUUUCAAUUUUAGCUUACUACGAAAUGUUUGCUAAUUUUGAGGUUUUGAAUAGCGAUGUUACAGGCAAGACAACUGGUCUGAUAUAUCCGAGUGGGAAGAUAUCUAUCUAUUUUGAGGACAUUCCUACGACAUUUACGGAAAAAGAUCUGUAUUCUGAUUUCUUCGGUGAAUUCAAGUGUGAAGGAACAAUUUGUGCAAAACACAAUUCAAGUAAAGCAUGUCAAACAGCAUCAACAUCGAAUAUGAUAUGUAUUUGGUGUGCAAAAGCUAACACAUGCAUUGAAAGUAAUGAUCAGAAUACUCAUCAGUUUAAAGUGAAUGAUUGCGGCGUUGAAAAGGGUGAAGAAAAUUUGAAGGAAAACACCGAAGACACUGAUCAAUACUCGGUGAGACCGGAUGUUAGUGUUUUGAGCACACCAACAGCGAACAAACACAUUGAAACAUCUUCAGGGAACACCGAAGUUCAGGUUGAAGAAAACUUGAAGGAAAGCACACAAGACACUGAUCAAUACUUGACUAUUAAAAACCAGAUAAACGAAGAGAAAAACAAGAACAAAUCAUUUCAAUAUUUAUAUCUUGUGAUACCUCUGAUCGUCUCUUUCUUUGUUGUUUGUAUCGGCUUUGCUAUUGGGGGAUGGUUUUAUUGGAAAAAGAAAACUAAUGAAUGA